CCGGAACAUGUGUUGCUAGUACUGGAGUAUGAAUGUUUGUGCUCAGUUGGUCCCUUUCGUUGUUACUUGGACUCAGUCAUGUCGAACAACAGCGCCGCCAACAGCAGUUUAGUCAUCGCCCAGAAGGCAGUGAAACAGCUUCGACUCGAGGCCAGUGUCCAUCGGAUAAAGGUUUCUCAGGCUGCUGCAGAACUGAAGACCUUCUGUUUGCAAAAUGCUCACAAAGACCCUCUGCUCACUGGGGUGCCCUCCAGUGAUAACCCAUUCAGGCCACCAAAGUCAUGUGUCCUCCUUUGAUCCUCUGACAUGGAUGUGAAGAAGUACAAAACACUCAAACAGAUGCCUGGUCAUUUUGCACUGUUGAUCUCUGCCAUGU